GCUCACCGUGUCUGUAAAAUAAGUCAGUGUCGUGGCAUCACCCCGCUCACCGGCAGCACGCACCUCUUUACCUGCUCCUGGCACGCCAAAAUAUAAGUGUCCGCGCACUCUACUAUGUCCUAAACUGCGGUGCGCAAUUGUCACGAGGGUUGCACUUUACAUUUUUUUGUGUUUUCGAAAAGUGAGAAAGAGUAAGAGGGAAAAUUAAGAAAGGCAAAUAACUUUGAGACAUCUCAAGAUACCUUUGUCACUUGGCGAGGUCGAUUUGGAGCGGGACCUAAACUUAAAUACAUUACCGACAGAGAGGGACUAGUGGGAAAUAGCCAAGUAAGUCCGUCGUGUGUGCCUGUUCAGAGAGACGACCAAGUGAGGGAGAAGGCAUAAAAACCCGGUGCGAGGAUGAUGUCCUACAUUAAGCAACCCCAUUACGCCAUGAACAUGUCUGGGAUGGACCUGCUACACACCACCGCUGGAUACCCAUUCUCUGUGUCUCUGGAUUUCUCAGCCACCCCGCGGAAGCAGCGUCGCGAGCGCACCACUUUCACACGCAACCAGCUGGAUAUCCUGGAGGCCAUGUUCUCCAAGACCCGCUACCCAGACAUCUUCAUGAGGGAGGAGGUGGCCCUCAAGAUCAACCUCCCCGAGUCGCGCGUACAGGUGUGGUUCAAAAAUCGCCGUGCCAAGUGCCGCCAGCAGCAGCAGCAGAGCAGCGGCCAGUCCAAGCCCCGCCCGCCCAAGAAGAAGGCGUCACCGGCCCAGGACCAGCCCAGCAAUGGCCCCGACCCCUCAUCCAACAACCCCUCUGGCUCCUACAGCCCCUCCCCCGACCCAUCAGGCCCCUCCCUGUCCACUAGCGGCAACAACCCUGGCAAUGCACCCAUCUCCAUCUGGAGCCCAGCCAUCUCGCCACUCCCUGACCCUCUGGCCUCCUCGGCGCCCUGCAUGCAGCGGCCCUCUGCCUACCCCAUGAGCUACGGGCAGCCUCAGGCCUACGCCCAGGGCUACGCCGGCACCUCCUCCUAUUUCACAGGCUUGGACUGUGGCGCCUACCUUUCGCCCAUGCACUCACAGCUGUCGGCAAACGGCGCCCUCAGCCCCAUCACCGUGCCCUCCAUGGGGGGCUCGCUGAGCCAGUCACCCGCCUCGCUCUCCUCCCAGGGCUACGGCACGGCCGCUUCGCUGGGCUUCACCUCCGUCGACUGCCUGGACUACAAAGACCAGCAGGCGUGGAAGCUGGGCUUCAGCACCAUGGACUGCCUGGACCACAAAGACCAGAAUUCGUGGAAGUUCCAGGUGCUGUAGAGAAGAACAAGAACAAGAACAAGAGUGGGAGGAGUUGUGAAUGAAGGAGGCCCUCACCAGAUACACGAUCAAAUACGAUCAAAUUAUUCUGACAGAUUACUUUGUUUUGGUUAUUUCUUGUUUGUAAGUUUUGUUUCUCGUUUGUAAUCUUGGUUUUUAUAACCCCUGUAGAAUGUGUUUUCCAUUCAGGUGAGAGAGGAGAAGAUAGACGCAGGGAUAUAAUUGAUACCUCCUGACUGUGAAUGCAGGAGAUCAGGUCCAGUUACUUUCUCAUACAGUAGAAGGGAAGGAUGCCCCUGAGGAUCAUACUAUAUGGAAAGACACUCAACUAGAAACUGACUUAAACACACAGGCCAUGGUUCAGAUGCAUUGAUUGGUCUGUCAUGGAAAGACAUCCUCAAGAGAAUUCUAUUGAUACAACCACGCAAUACUCAAUCAUUCCUCUGUUCUUUUUUCUGCUGUUUUCAAGAAACAUAUCAAUAGAUCAUAUUCACAGGGCUUUAAUACUCUCUUAGUCUCUCUAUUUUUUGUUCUGAAAGACUAUCAGUGUUAAUUUGAGUUUAGUUGUUGUUAUAUAUGCUACAAUUUAAAUCUUAAUUUGGUUACUUUUAGGCUAUUGGAGCUAACAUGUUACUAUGGUGUUAGGCUAGCAUCGUUGCUAUUACAUUUUGAUGGGAGAAAAAAAAUGGCUUCUAUGUUUUUUUGUGUGAAAUAUUAAAGCUAACUUUGAAUCUA